AUGGCCGACAGACAACCACAUCAGAUCCCGCGAUGGGUUAUCGACACUCAUAAUGGUUGCAUCAUCCCUGGAGCCAGCGUACCUCGCUAUGCCUGUCUCAGCUACACGUGGUCGCAGCCUUUGAUAUCGGUUAAGGGGGAGGGGUCUAGCUCGGGAAGCUCAAGGCUCAACAGUGAAACUCUAGCCGACUUCCAGCAACCUGGCUUCCUCAACUCAAAGUUGACAGACCGUGUACCAGCUGUGUUGCGGGACGCGAUGGAUCUCGUUUCGGGUGCUGGAGAGCGUUAUCUCUGGAUUGACUGCUUUUGUAUCCUACAGGGUAGCGAUAGCACGAGAGCCGAGUUUGAUCGUAUGGAUGAUAUUUACGCCGGUGCUCAUGUUACUAUCAUAGCUGCUGCUGCUGAAGGACUCAGGGGCGGGACAACAUAUGGAAAUUUAGGGAGAAAGUGGCAUUAUCGCCACCAGGAAAUGCAUCACAAGAUGAUCAAGACAACAUGGGCAAGUCGCGGCUGGACUUUCCAGGAGCAUCUGCUCUCGAAACGCACCAUUGUGUUUCUCGGCAACGGCCAAACAUUCUGGGACUGCAACACGGACAUUUGGCACCAAGACACCACUCAACAAGAGCUCGAGACUGGCCGCAGCCCCAGCUUCGGGUGGGCAUUCAGCCAAUCCGACGCCUGUGGACCCAAUCUCUCGAGAUUGAACUGGCCAGACAUGGAGCUUUACACCAGGAUCAUCUGUCUGUUCAAUACGCGCAAGUUCUCUUUUCCUCAGGAUUGCCAGGCAGCUUUCUCAGGUGUCUUGCACUCCUUCAGCAGAGCAUUCUUUGGAGGCUUUAUAAACGCUCUGCCUCGUCUUUUCCUGGAUGCCGCCUUGCUGUGGCAGCCAUGCAAGGGCUACAUGUGGUCCGUGAUGAGUAACCACGGGGAUCAUGGAGACAUUAUCAGAGAGCCAGCCAUGUUACAGAAAUAUAGGAGCUAUUUGCCUGACACAACUGAUGCUCUUCCCAACGGAUGGAGAAUAAACAUUUCAAAUGUUGCACAGAGGAGGUGGUUCUCCCAUGACGCGAUACAGCCCAAGGACCAUAUGUUCGCCUACCCAGUACCUCUUCCGGAGAGCGAAAAUGAUGAGGCUCACUCAUUCAAUACAAGCUGGCCAUUUCUGACGGGCAGCACCACGAGCGUAAACCUCCGCGUACGCUACAUACUGACGCCAGACAGGAUGACCGUGGAAGAGAAUUUCGACACAGACGGGACAGCGGCCAUCCUCGGUCUUGAUGUAACUGAACUUCCCGAGUUUACAGCAGGACCAGACGACUGCUUUUCUGUCGCGGCUCUUGAAGAUGAGCACGGCACUUGGGCUGGUGUGCUACGAGUUGCGGAGACUUGUGAGGCGGGCAAGGAGAAAGAAAGCCUACGACCAGGCGACAAGGCUGAACUCAUCUCAUUAUCAAGGGGCCAAGUCCCAUGUCGUAUACUACUUGAUGAGUAUGAUACCAACGAUUUGAGUGAAGAGCAGAUCGACAACCGCGGCUGGGUUGAGUUCAAUAGCAACGAAGUCAACCAAGGCCAGGAAGUGAACCAAGGGACAUACACCAAAUCACGCAUCCGCUUCAGACGAGAGGGAGGUCUUGAUAAAGAUGACCAGGGCUACAAAUGUGGAAAAUCUGCCUACGAAAUUUAUAAUGUUAUGUAG